CGGACAAACGUUGCAGUCGUUGCUAGCAACUGGCAAACACCAGAAGUGGAAAAAUUCUAAGGUCUAACAAAACAACAGAAAAAAUACACAAAUGACAUUGUAAUCAAUGUAUAUACGAAGCCGACCGGAUGCAAGCCUGCGUGACAAUUGUAAAUUAAAAUCAAGUGAAGAAGUUCGAUGUGAGAGGAGAAUUCAGCAAUUAGUUAGAUAAUUGCAGCGGAACCAAACCAAAAAAAAACAAAGCACCCUUGUGCGAUAUGUUUCUAAAGCGUAUACUCGAUCGAAAGGACACUUUGGUAAAUACAAAUGCCAGCUGCGAGGACGCUCAGAAGAAUGUCAGUGUCGAGCACAAGGAUAACAACAACAACAAUAACAACCCGUCGAGUGUGUGUCUAAAUAAAAUGCAACGACGCAACGGGGAAACAUCGAGUGCCGUGCAAUUGACUCCGUUGUGGGAGCACAUUUUACGUACGCGUCGAUUGCCGGAAACAAUUUGUCCGGCGACCAUGUUCGACGAAUUCCACGAACGCUUGCAGGAUCCUGAGUGGCAGGUGCGACAACAUGCACUCCGUGUCCUCGUCGACGUACUCGUCGUGAUGCGCUCGAAAGCGGACAAGCAUAGUAUGCAUUUUCUCAACGAUUUAAUCAAGAAUCUCGGCCAUCAGGCACCAACCGUAAGGAAGGGUGCACUCGACUGUUUGCGGGUCUAUCUCACCGAGACAGCCAUGCCGGAAAUGGUUAUGCUGCAAAUUUUGGACACUGGCCUCAGUCAGCCGUCGAUUGUCGGCUAUGACGAGCGACUCAGCUGUGGUGUCCUGCUUUCAUUGCCGCCAUUGUUGCAAUCGAUUUUGCACACACCACAGCGUCAUUUUAUAACGAAGCACACAUUGGAGCGGCUGGUGCAACGCCUGCAACACCAUGAGUCACAACAGGAGAUCACACUGAAGGUGUUGUCGAAAAUUGCUGAACUGUUGGGACUACAAGAGUUUGAAAGCUACUUGGAUGAAAUGGAGUUAUUGGACGACUGCGGUGGUCUGUCCCUGUACAAUCAUCUGUGCAGAGUAUAUGGCAUAUUGAAUAAACCCUAUCGUGCUGAGGCCAAUAUGACCAGUGCAGGAGCUUGGCGAGCCCUGCCUCGAGAGCACACGUGGCGUGACUCCUCGCAAGAGUCCGCAGAGUCACUGCCGGACAAGGGAAAAGUCAUUAUGGAAACGGAAAUUAAAAUCAACGAUGAUACGCUGACCAUGCGUAUACUCGAGGCAGAAACGGAGACUGAAGAGUCGGUCAGUCCCAUUAUAGAUGCCACAGAGCUGGUGUGUCGUCCCUUGGCUGUUGGCACAAAGUCAUCACAGGGCAUUCUACAGAUUAUUAGUGAUUCAGAUGUUGAAGAAAUGGUCCACAAUGAAAGUCUACUCGGUACUCCAUUUCGUGGCCUGAAACGUGUCACCUUUGGUGGCGAAGUAGUCAAGAUGCGAACUCCUGACAGUGAUGCAGCCUCCUCCGCGAACAACAACAUUGAUAGUACAUUGUCAGAAACUAGCAACAAUCCCAUUCCCAAUCCCAAUCCCAUUACAUUGCAUGCUGAUGAGGAGCACAAGCUAAGGGAGGAUGCACACGCUGAAGACAAUAUAUCACGUCCGAAAAUGACAGCUUUGACCUUGGAGAUACCCAGCGACAAUACAAAGCCCCUGCCUCGUGGUAAUAGCUUCUUAAAGGAGCCGGCGGCUCCUACUACUAAUGACACUACCAACAACUCCAAUGCGUCCCCGAAGCGCGACUCACUUUCGCACUCGCCCAUUUACCGUAGCUGCAGCAUUAGUCCGGCGGGCAGUAGUUCCGUCAGUCCCAAAGUGCCGCACAAGCAGAUCGAGGUAAUGCAUAAUCUCCAGCGUGAUUCGGAUCCCUCGCCGCGUUCCUUGCGACGCAGCGAGAGUGUCACCAUGGAGUUAGCUACACCUCCCACAGCAGUCGCCGUUGGGGCAGUGGAACCAGCAGCAACACCAAAUAACUGGGAAGAACUGGACAUUGUCAACUAUAAAACUAUAAUGGACUUGCGCUCGGGGGACUGGCGCAAUCGCUUACAGGGCAUAGCCCAACUUGAGAUAGCACUGAGUUCAUCAACAAACUUGGUUCGAGUGCAGCCCUAUUUGGAUAGUCUGCUCCGCACCCUGCUCUCCUCGGAGCGAAUCUUCGAGGUGGCCGAGCUGAAGCGCGAAGUGUUGACCAAUUUGAUAUCACGCCUGCCGCUGGACAACCUGGAGGAUCGGACGCAGCAGAUACUGUCUGGACUAUGCCGGCAGGGAAACGCCGGGGCAAAUCGGGUGUGCAAGGCGCUUAUGCAGCGUUUGCCCGCUGGCACAAUUGUGGCCAAAUUAACAGCACCCGAUUAUCUGCAUGCGAAAAGUUCAAAAUUUCGAGAUCAUGCUCUACAAAUGUCCAUAUACUCCUUGAUGUCCUUUCCUGGCACCUGCUUCGACAUCAACAUCCUGGCAGCCCAAGUCACAUAUGCCGCCCUCAAUCGGAAGCGUCGGGUGAGGCAGGCGGCAUUGGAGGUAUUUGCUGUACUUGCCGAUAUAUGUUCGGUGGAGCAGAUAUUGCAAAUUGUAGCCGAAAUAACCGAUGGCAUCGAAUUGGGAUCGGCUUUGCUAAUGGCGGUAAAGAAGCGAUUAUCCCGACUCCAGCUGCCCAUUAUUACGCCAGAUGGAGCUGUUGUGUAUGUAUUCCACAAACAGGAUCAGUCGAGCGCUUUGCGCUUUGGCGCAGAUGUGGAUUGGAUUACGCAAGGCGAAGGCUCCGCCUCACCCAAUGCCGUAAAGCGACGUCGUCUGCACACGGCACACAAGAAACGUAUUGCUCAGGAAUACAAGGAUGGGGAAAACGCGACAGGGUUAAACCAUAGCUAUCAACUUGAUGAGAAUUUGCAUCGACAUUCUUUCCAUUCGCCACCUGAAGCCUUAGACAUCUCUAGAUCCUCUAACGACUUUUUUCAAAAGAAAAGCUAUGGGACUAGUGUUAUUCAAGCAAACUUCUUGGAUCGUCGUCUAGUGGCCAAGGCGUGCUCUGAAUCCUCAAUGGAUGGCAGAAGCACGGACAGCACGACAACAACAUGUAGCAGUGGCAGUGGCAGUGGAAGUGGUAGCUUCAUACAACUGACAUCCUGCAAGGGGGGCAUCAACAGACGCCUGGUUAGACAAAAUUCACGAUUUCCGGUUGUGCGUCAACACACAGAUUUCAUUAGCAAUUUCAUGCGAAGCAUGCAGCGAACUCCAUAUCCGUAUAGCUUUGAGGAUUCAAAAUCAUCGAGGCUAAACGAUGAGCUACUGAGAUCCCAAAAGCAGCAUAUAACUAAGAAACCCGCCAAUCUGGUGCAACAAAACUGGAUGGAGAACGGCAAUCAACAACUUCAAGUAGGAAAAUGUAAACUUAAGGAAACUAAUAAACAAGAAUUCCCCAACCAAUCGGAAACAACAAACGCCCUAAUCCGGGAUACCGGUAAUUGCCAGAUUAAAGUGGAGCCAAUGGGCGAACUCGCCACAUAUGCAACACCAAUGCAAGCAUUUUCAGUGACAGCAGGACCCCAGAUGAGCAAUCACAAUCCCAGUCAUAGCGGAGGCGGCUCUCCCUUAUCCGUCAAGUCGACGAACUACUCCCAAAAGUCAACUGCAUCAGCUAAAUCAAACAGCAGCAGUUCCUCAAGCAAAAAGAUUGAACCAACUGCAAAUGCCCGCAACGAAAUCGAAUCUCUGAGCUUGGAGCAACAAUUUGGGGAGCUAGUCGUGGACGACAUGGAGGACUUGGAGGAGGAGACGGAGUCACCCACUCAAGAAGCGCCCAUUUUGAGACGCAACGAAAGCGUCAACAGCCUGCAGAGCAAAACAGAAAGCAUCAAGACCCAAUUGGAGGAUGCCACACCACAAAUGUCACGUGCCCAAUCCAUCAAAUCCCUGGCCAUCGAAGAAGAGAUCGAAAGCAGCAAUAGUUUUGUUGUUGUCGAAGGUCUGCAGCAUGCACUGGAAUCUACAGCCAUCGACCUGCCAGAAAUAAUGGCAAAUAAUGAAAAACUUCUGGCAACCGAAGCGCAAGUCUCAUCCAGCAAAAAGUCUGAUAUAGUAAAUGAAGAAAAUAGAGCCAUUCACUCGCGCAGCAUCUCGAUGGAUUCGCUCUAUGGCCGGCGACCCGGUUCGAAGCAGGGUUGCCUGGAUGCGAGUACCAGCCUAAUGGACAACAACAGCUCACCAACAACAGCAACAACCUGUUCCCAAGUGGACAAGGGCCACAAAUUGCCAGUGAAAACCCAACACACUCCACUCAAGCAAAAGGCAAAGACUUCGUAUUUGUUGCGUGGCCAGCGACGCAUCUCACCCGUAAAGCAGUCGAUAAAGAUGUCGCCGACGGAAUUAUUUCCGGCGAACAUGUCAAAGUUUGAGAAACCUCGAGAGGCUCUCGUCAAGACCUUUGAUCAGCUAGACUCGAGCAACUGGGAGGUGAACGUGUUGGGUCUUAAGAGUAUGGUGCGUUUGAUACGCUACCAUUCCGAUUUCCUGGACAAUCACAUGCACAUGACCUGCAUCCAGCUCACCAGAUCCGUGCGCAAUUUGCGCUCCCAAGUGGCUAGAGCAGCCUGCCAAGCGGCCACAGAGCUUUUCACUUUGAAAUGCAAAUCCUUGGAGCUGGAGUGCGAUGAUUUAGUUUGUGCCUUGCUGCAUCGUUCGGCGGACACAAAUCGUUUCCUGCGCGCCGAUGCCACGCAUGCCUUGGAAUCGAUGGUGGAUCAUGUGCAGCCGGCCAAGGUGCUCAACAUUCUAGCCAGCAAAGGUUCCCAGCACCAGAAUGCAAUUGUGAGAACGACAACGGCAAAGUUGCUCUUCAGAUUGGUGGAACGCUUGGGCUGCGAUCGCAUUUAUGCCAUGGCUCGCGAAAAUCGCGAUAAAUUCUUUGUGCUUGGUGCGAAUCUUCUGCUGGAGGGCAGCCUGGAGACGCGCAGUUUUGCCAAGUCCCUGUUCCGUGCUCUUUCGGAGCACAGCAGCUAUCAGCGAUUGCUCCUGGAGGUCAUUCCAUCGCGCACCUAUCGCAAUGUGGAGAAGGCAUUGAGAAGCAUUGCCCGCUAAUCUCUAAUCAAUAAUCAAAUGUUUGUACAUAAAAUAUUACUAUAAAUAUUUGAAACAAUUUUCUUUAUCUACCUUAAGAACUUAUCAAAUA